AUAAAUCGGCCAACUUGAAUACUUACUAGUGUCCUUCGGUACCUUCUCUACUGUUCAUCACAAUUAAAAUUCGUAAGUUCGUACUAUACAUUAAAAAAAAACGGAAUAUAACCAUUUGUGCAUAUACAAAUCCAUGGUUACUGCUCAAAGUUUUCCAAAAUAAAAAAGUUUUUGGAAACAUAAAAAUUAUUGCGAAAGAAACCGGGGUAAACAAAUGUAAACACAACUGCCAGCUACAUAAUGACGUUUUAACAAACACAGAGAAUGACGUAUGUCCUCUUUAAAUGUCUCCGAUAUAUCAGAUUAAAUCGCCAUUUAUAACAGAUAGUAGACUUUUAAAUAUUUGAUGUUUAAAUAGGUACUUAACAUCUACAGAACUAUUUUUGGUAGCUGUGAUUAGGCCAAGAGGUUAACACGAUAACAAAUAGACCCUCUGACUCACAGAACAUGUACUAUACUGAUUAUUUGCGUACCAUACUUAAAGGUUAAAGACUGGGAGUUUAUAAGUUAUUCUACUAUAAUAUUUGAAAACAGUCAACAGCGUAUGUCGGAUCGUAAAUAUGUUUGUAUGUAAUCAUUUGACUAAAAUAUAACUGGAAUAUUUCAUGUUAUUUUCCGAAGGGAUAAUAUAUAAACAAGACGAGAAACGAUUGCCAUAAAACAUUUACAGCGUCUUUAAAUAAAUACCAACAUCUGCUUCUCAAACAGUUUUAUACCACAGUGGGUAGUUAAUAGAUCGUUUGUUAUGUCGCUACCUGACGAUAAAAAAAUCGAGUACACAACAGAAAUUGAUGAAACAUCGACAUUGGAGGAAACACAGACAGUUGAGGAUAUGAAACAGCAACUGUGUUCAUUGUUUCAUCGGAAUUGUAGAGAAAUGUCAAAUUCGGUGAAAAGAAAACUUGUUUUACAUUUCGAUGUCAACAAAACGAUAGUUCCUGUGGAUUCUGCGACGGGUGAGACUGUAGAGGCGGCGCUAAAUAUCUACCUUUCCGGUUUGGCUUGGGGGAAGGACCGAGAAGGGGAAUGGCACUCCUCUAGACACGAGCCUUCAAGUUCUCCUCUCGAUGCCAGUGACGUCAGUUUUUACAAAUUCGAAGAGAAGCGUCUUCUGCCGCAAAUCUCGCGAGACCGUGCGGCACUUCGGUAUCACCUGACCUCGUUCACGGAUCGGCCACAGGGUACGAACUUUAAACCUUACCUAAAUACUCUUUUGGAGAUUCUCAAAUGGAAACUGCCAUACGAUGAAAAAUUGCACAAAGAAAUGACUGUACCUGGAACAAAAUCGAGUCGGUUCCAUUUUAUACUACCAGCCUUCUAUAACCUUCUUAACUAUUUGGUUAGAGAAGAGAGAAAUUUCACUGUUGUAUUCAGAACUUACGGAAGUGAUGCAAAAAGCGUUCUAAAAAGUAUUAAAUCUGCCAUAGGUUGCCAUAUGCCAUUCUGCCAUAACUUGGACGGUCUGUUAGAAGAGCUGUCGGAGGAUGUGACAGUUUUAAGAAGAGACGCAAGUUUCGGAACAUUUCGGUUCUUAUCUGAAUGUGAAGACUGUUGCGAAAACUCGAACAAGUGAAAAGUGGAAAUGUGAAAACUGACAACGAAAUUUAUUCCUAUCUCACACACUUGACUGGUAUAUCUGCUAUCAGAGACGAUUGUGAGGACUGGUAUAAGCAUAAUUUUGAUCCGCGGAGAGGAAAGCCAUUGUGGAUUGACCAGUCCGAUCCAAAUACACAUCACGUUUUCUUCGACGAUAAUCUCCGACCCGGAAAUGCCGAUAGUAUCGUAAAUCUGCGGGUACGGGAAACACCGGACUACUUCCGUGAUGUGUCGAGAGCGGAGGAAUACAAAUUCGUUAAUACAAACAUAGUUCCAGUUGUUUUUUCUGAAGCAAUAUUAGAUAAUGAUUAUUUUGUGCAGAAACUGAUUCAAUGUGAAGAAAAUUAUUCCAGGGUGCUUGAAAGUUAAUUGUUUUUAUUGCUCAAAGUUACUGCCAAAACGUCUUUUUCAACAUCGCUCUACAGUGUCUUGGAAAUGAGUAAAACAUUGGAUGAUUAAAACUCAUAAUUUUACUAACAAAUAAAACAAGAGGGUUUUUCGAAAUUCUGUUGGAGAGUUUCUAUAUAAAGUCUACAAAUAUAUUUUGUUGAAUCUGAUAUCAAAACAGGAAGUUGCAGUGAUACUUUACGUCAAUCUCGUAUAGAUUAUCAUUUUCUUAUUCAAAUUAUAUAUACCUAUAGAGUUACCUACUCAUAUUUACGUUAAUCAUUUUCUUAUUUCAUUACUUAUAUUUAUUUCUGUUCAUCUCCUGUGAAAAUAUACUUAGCCGCCAUGCAUAAAACACUGAAGUAUACGUCAUUCAGCAUUUGUUACAUGCUUUCAAGUUGUUUUUUUUUUGUUUGUUUUUUUCACUUCAUAAUAAUUAUCUUUUUGAGAUUACUUUUGUUGCAAUAGCUAUUUUUGAAUUUGAUAUUUACAUAUAUCAUUUUAUGCCAUUAUUGUGUUAUAAA